GGUGGCAAUUGCUUCCAGGGGUCUGUGAUCUCGUGGUCCAGACUGGAGAGGCUCGUAUGUGCGGAUGGGGGUCUCUUCCAGUGCUCCUGAGGGGAAGGGAGGGGUGGCUAAAAGCAAGGUGGAGGAGCGUGUUUGAGGGAUUGUGGGAAUUUAGGGCCGUGCACCCGCCCCUCCUCCCCCCGCAAUGCGUGGGGGCGCCUGGAGAGGGGUCUUGCGGGCAGGUGGGAUCCUGCGGAGACCCGAGUGCGGAGUGCGCGCUGGCCCGGGUGGGGGCUCCCAAAGAGGUCUCCGCAGCGCCCCCUUCUUCUCACCCGGGGUUUGAGUCCCACAGUGAUUGAGAGACUCCCAAGUCUUCAACCCUACCAUGGCUAAUGGGGUGAUCCCGCCGCCCGGGGGCGCCUCCCCCCUACCCCAGGUCCGGGUGCCCUUGGAGGAGCCCCCUCUGGGUCCAGACAUAGAAGAGGAGGAUGAUGACUUGGGCAAGACCUUGGCUGUGAGCAGGUUUGGGGACCUCAUCAGCAAGACCCCGGCCUGGGACCCUGAGAAGCCUAGCCGCAACUACAGCGAGCGGGACUUUGAGUUUCACCGGCACACAUCCCACCACACCCAUCACCCGCUCUCAGCCCGCCUGCCUCCACCCCACAAGCUGCGGCGACUGCCCCCCACCUCUGCUCGGCACACCAGGAGGAAGAGGAAGGAAAAGACCUCUGCUCCUCCCUCAGAAGGGACGCCCCCUAUCCAAGAGGAGGGGGGAGCUGGAGCAGAGGAGGAGGAGGAGGAAGAGGAAGAGGAAGGAGAGUCUGAGGCAGAGCCUGCGGAGCCUCCACUCUUGGGGCCCUCACAGAAAGCAAAGUUCUCUAUUGGAAGCGAUGAGGAUGACAGCCCGGGCCUUUCGAACAAGGUCACCUGUACCAAGGCCCUGCCUUCUGUGGGCCUGCACGCUGACCAAAGCCCCCAGCGCUCCGGCAGCUCUCCCAGCCCCCGAGCCCGGGCUUCCCGAAUCUCUACAGAGAAGAGCCGGCCCUGGAGUCCAUCAGCCAGCUAUGACCUGCGAGAGCGAUUGUGCCCGGGCAGUGCCCUGGGCAACCCUGGGCCAGAGCAGCGGGUGCCCACCGAUGAAGCCGAGGCCCAGAUGCUGGGCUCUGCAGAUCUGGAUGACAUGAAGAGCCACCGGCUGGAGGACAACCCUGGUGUGAGGCGACACUUGGUGAAGAAACCAUCCCGGAUACAGGGUGGGAGAGGAAGCCCCAGUGGCCUGGCUCCCAUCCUGCGCAGAAAGAAGAAGAAGAAGAAGUUGGAUAGGAGACCUCAUGAGGUGUUCGUGGAGUUGAACGAGCUGAUGUUGGACCGUAGCCAGGAGCCACACUGGCGGGAGACGGCACGGUGGAUCAAGUUUGAGGAGGAUGUAGAGGAGGAGACUGAGCGCUGGGGGAAGCCCCACGUUGCUUCCCUCUCCUUCCGUAGCCUGCUGGAGCUCAGGAGGACCAUUGCCCAAGGAGCGGCUCUCCUGGACUUGGAGCAGACCACCCUGCCAGGCAUUGCUCACCUUGUGGUGGAGACUAUGAUUGUAUCUGACCAGAUCCGGCCACAGGACAGGGCUAGUGUCCUGCGGACUUUGCUCCUGAAACACAGCCAUCCCAAUGAUGACAAGGACAGUGGCUUUUUCCCUCGAAAUCCAUCAAGCUCCAGCGUGAACUCAGUCCUGGGGAAUCACCACCCAACCCCUAGUCAUGGCCCCGAUGGUGCGGUACCCACCAUUGCUGAUGACCUAGGGGAGCCAGCCCUGUUGUGGCCUCAUGAUCCUGAUGCCAAGGAGAAGCCCCUCCACAUGCCUGGAGGAGAUGGUCACCGGGGGAAAAGCCUGAAACUUCUGGAGAAGAUCCCUGAAGAUGCCGAGGCCACUGUUGUGCUUGUGGGCUGCGUGCCUUUCUUGGAGCAGCCAGCAGCAGCCUUUGUGCGGCUCAGUGAGGCUGUGCUCUUGGAGUCUGUGCUCGAGGUCCCCGUACCUGUCCGCUUCCUCUUUGUGAUGCUGGGGCCCCGCCACACCAGCACCGACUAUCAUGAGCUAGGACGCUCCAUCGCUACCCUCAUGUCUGACAAGCUGUUUCACGAGGCUGCCUACCAGGCAGAUGACCGGCAGGACCUUUUGGGUGCCAUCAGCGAGUUCUUAGAUGGCAGCAUUGUGAUACCCCCAUCCGAAGUGGAGGGCCGUGACCUACUACGCUCUGUGGCUGCUUUCCAACGUGAACUGCUGAGGAAGCGGCGGGAGCGUGAACAGACCAAAGUGGAGAUGACCACCCGGGGCGGAUAUGUGGCCCCUGGCAAAGAACUGUCUUUGGAGAUGGGGGGCUCCGAGGCAACCUCUGAAGAUGAUCCCCUGCAGCGGACGGGCUCAGUGUUUGGGGGUCUGGUGCGGGAUGUGAAGCGCCGGUACCCGCACUACCCCAGUGAUCUGCGGGACGCACUGCACUCCCAGUGUGUGGCCGCUGUGCUCUUCAUCUACUUUGCAGCCCUCAGCCCUGCCAUCACCUUUGGGGGGCUACUAGGAGAGAAGACGGAGGGGCUGAUGGGCGUGUCGGAGCUGAUUGUGUCCACAGCUGUGCUUGGGGUCCUCUUCUCUCUGCUGGGAGCCCAGCCACUGCUCGUGGUGGGCUUCUCAGGACCCCUGCUGGUCUUUGAGGAAGCCUUCUUCAAGUUCUGCCGAGCUCAGGACCUGGAGUACCUCACCGGUCGAGUAUGGGUGGGCCUCUGGCUGGUGGUCUUCGUCCUAGCUCUGGUGGCUGCAGAGGGCAGCUUCCUAGUCCGCUACAUCUCACCGUUUACCCAGGAGAUCUUCGCGUUCCUCAUCUCGCUAAUUUUCAUCUAUGAGACUUUUCACAAGCUCUACAAGGUGUUCACAGAGCAUCCUCUGCUGCCAUUCUACCCACCGGAUGGGGCCCUGGAGGGGACCCUAGAGACGGGCUUGGAACUGAAUAGUAGUGCCCUGCCCCCCACAGAGGGACCACCAGGCCCAAGAAACCAGCCCAAUACAGCUCUGCUGUCUCUCAUCCUCAUGCUGGGGACUUUCCUCAUUGCCUUCUUCCUGCGCAAGUUCAGGAACAGCCGCUUCCUGGGGGGCAAGGCUCGGCGCAUCAUUGGCGAUUUUGGCAUUCCCAUUUCCAUCUUGGUGAUGGUCCUGGUGGACUAUUCUAUCACAGACACCUACACGCAGAAGCUGACGGUGCCUACAGGGCUCUCCGUGACUUCCCCGCAUAAGCGCACGUGGUUCAUCCCACCGUUGGGCAGUGCCCGUCCCUUCCCACCUUGGAUGAUGGUGGCUGCUGCUGUCCCUGCACUCUUGGUCCUCAUCCUGAUAUUCAUGGAGACACAGAUCACCGCGCUCAUCGUCAGUCAGAAGGCCCGAAGGCUACUCAAGGGUUCCGGCUUCCAUCUUGACCUGCUUUUGAUCGGCUCCCUGGGUGGCCUCUGUGGGUUGUUCGGAUUGCCCUGGCUCACAGCUGCCACCGUCCGCUCUGUCACCCACGUCAAUGCGUUGACAGUCAUGCGCACUGCCAUCGCACCUGGUGACAAGCCCCAGAUCCAGGAGGUUCGGGAGCAGCGAGUCACCGGAGUGCUCAUUGCCAGCCUUGUGGGCCUAUCUAUCGUCAUGGGGGCUGUGCUGCGCCGGAUCCCAUUGGCUGUACUCUUCGGGAUUUUCCUGUACAUGGGGGUCACUUCGCUGUCUGGUAUCCAGUUGUCCCAACGUCUGCUGCUCAUUUUCAUGCCAGCAAAACACCAUCCUGAGCAGCCCUACGUGACCAAGGUGAAGACGUGGCGGAUGCACCUGUUCACCUGCAUCCAGCUGGGCUGCAUUGCUCUCCUCUGGGUGGUCAAGUCUACGGCGGCCUCACUGGCCUUUCCUUUCCUGCUCUUGCUCACGGUGCCUCUGAGGCGUUGCCUUUUGCCCCGGCUCUUCCAGGACAGAGAGCUGCAGGCGCUGGACUCUGAAGAUGCUGAGCCAAACUUUGAUGAGGAUGGUCAGGACGAGUACAACGAGCUGCACAUGCCUGUGUGACCCUCAGAGACCCCACCUUGGUGACUCACAAACCCUAGGAACCCAGCACCAGGGCCAGACAUUCUUCAGGACCCAGGGAUGUGCCCGGAGUCACUUCCCAUGCCAGGCCAGUGGCCCCGUGACUUUCACAGACUAGACGACACAGGCUUUGAAGUCAUUAUAACACACUCCUUGUCUCGCGUCCGCCUCAUUUUCUUGGUGCCACACUUCCCUAUCCGAAAUAUUAUCAGGGUCAUGCAGACUAGAAGAGGUGUGAAGCAUGGAACAGAGGCCUCGAGGGGGAGGGGUAGAUUCAAGACUGCACAAAGUUCAAGGUGGGCCUUUUGUUCCUUCCUCGGCUCCCUUUUUGAGUAAAGCUGAAGAGCCGGAGGUUCAAGGUCGAUCGAGGGUCACACACCCAUUAAUUUAGCUCUGGAUUAGAAAGAAGGAGAGGACAGCAAGGCAUUGCUUUCCUUAAGCCACUAGGGAAAUCAGAGUGACUUUUGUCCUGUGGGGCUACAAAGCUGAAUGGAAAAUGUACAUCUAGGGAGCAGGAAUAGCAGCCCAAGCCUCUAGACGCCAGGACGGCGGCGUGGGGUUUGGGGCCUCCAGGACCAUUUUAGAUUCUCCUGGUUUAAGAGUGAAGCGGUUCUAGGAUUCCUGAAACCACUCCUUGUGCAACAGUCUGCCUCUUUUUUUUUUUUUUUUUUUUUUGCCAGAAAUAACCUGGGAGGCCUUGGGGAGGGUGGAAACAGGACCCAGUACUUCACGGUUGCUAGGUAACCAGCUGCCUGAUGCAGCCUGCCGACCUUGUGUAGCCCUCUGGUGGUUGUUUUUGCACACUGCAUGGUCUGUGGGCUGAGCAGGAGUAAGGCUGCCAUCUGGCGGAUCCGAUUUGAUCCCAAGCUUAGUUUCCUGAGUUCUGGGAGGUUCAUCUGGUCUGCUCCAAGCAUCCAGGGUUAAUAACCCUUUGGUUUCACAUGGUCCUUUCCCUCUGGAGCUUGCUCUACGAGUCUGUGUUUCCCGUUUGACCUCUGCUUUCCUGCCACGUGUUCAGGCCUACAGUUAGUGCCUGAGGCAUGGGACACAGAGCAGUUGGAAUGUUCAUUGUGCUCCCAAGUCGGCAGUGCUGGGCUGUCAUGUUUUAAGCAUUGCAUCCCAGCUGUCCACACUCCCUUGGUCUGUGAUGCUGUCAUGCCUUUGGCUUCUCUAGCCUCCGUGAAGACAAAACCUUGCCAGAUGGGCCAUGACAAGGUAGAGCCAAAAUUCUUGGCUUAGAAUCUAAACAAAGGUUUCACACACAGAGAGGGCAGGACCUUCUCCUAGGCAAGUUUGACUGAUAGGCUUCAUGUGAAAACCCACUUCCCUUCCCAGCUUGGAGCCCUUUCUGGGUGUUGGCCGCUGACUGGCUCUUCUGUUUUGGGGAUUCCCACACAACUCAGGAAGGAGUCUGCUUUUCCAGGACCCCCGUACUGCAAGCGAGAAGAAGGGGUUCCACAUGGAAAUGAGCCCCAGUCAGGGCUAGUAGCAGGGGACAGUGAUGUUUGGUAGAGCGAGGAGACCCUGAGACCUCACAACAAAAAGUGAGAAAGUCUUGAACGUAGAGUCAGCCACGAUACCUAAUAUUCAAAGGUUAAUGCGAAGAGAUGAACCGUAGGGUGUGGGCUGCAAUUCAGGAGGUCAAACCUGAGCUGGGCCUGACAGAAGAUGGAAUUCUGUGGUGGGUGCCUGGGCAGGGCUGGGCAGACUGAUGGGGUUUUCCUAACAACCCAGAAAGUCACCAGGAAGAGUACUGUUUGACAGGAAUGGAGACCAGGUUGCUUCUGUAAAAGACCAGGCAUGACAAGACUCAAGCCUGGUGGUCUAGAGUGGAUGUCACCUGAAGACGUUUGGAAUUUGUCUCAAAGCCUUGGUGGCCCCUGUGUUUCCGCUGACCUUUCUUUGACUGGGCCUUUGACCAUAUCCUCGCAAGGACUUGGGACCUUUGAGGACAUUUUUAAAGCACGGAGGGGGAAUCAGGCACAGCUUAGACGGGGAGAGGUGGGUAUUACGAGGCAGGUUUGUGGAAUAUGGUCCUCCAAACAAAACAGCCACUCUGAUGAGAUCAGCUGUGGCUGCUGGCAAGAGACCAUCAGGAGUGGCCCGUGGCCUGGUGAAUCUCAUCAGAAGGAGGCUUGGGGGGCAUUAGACCCUCACGUAAGAGUUUGCUUCUCAUCAUUUAUUUUGACUAUGGGGAAGCCAUCACCCACAAAGGGUGAAGACUUUCCAGUGUGGCUGCUUUGGGAUGGUCACCCACACCUCUCCAGUCAGCCCCUUGCCCAUGCUCUUGAUAAUAAACUCGUGGGUUCCCCAG